UGUUCGUCCGUCUGUCUGUUUUAAAUUUAAAGCGCGUCUUUAUUUACGAUUGUUUUUAAGUUUACAUCAAUUAUGCGUUCUGUUCUGAUAUGGGAAGCGCAGUUACUAGAUAAAGAAGAAAAUCCCCAAUGUGUCUAUGACAUAGCUGUCAAGCCUGAUGGAUCUAUGGUUAUUAUUGCAUCAGGGCCGAAGUUAUUAGCUUAUGAUACGGAAGGGAAGCUGUUGCAGUCUCUGAAAGGCCAUUCUGACUUAGUUUACUGCAUAUGUUUCUCUAAAGAUGGUCAAAGAUUUGCAUCAGGUGGUGCUGAUAAGCAAGUUAUCAUUUGGACUUCAAAACUGGAAGGAAUUUUACGAUAUUCGCAUCAUGACGCUGUGCAGUGCCUUUCGUACAAUCCAGUGUCAGAUCAACUUGCCAGCUGUGCUUGCACAGAUUUUGGUUUAUGGUCUCCAGAGCAAAAAAGUGUUUCAAAGCACAGAAUAAGUGCACGCAUCACAAGUUGUAGCUGGACUUGUGAUGGAAUGAUUUUAGCUCUUGGUCUCAUUAGUGGAUAUAUAUCUUUGCGAGGAAGGAAUGGGGAUGAAAGGGUGAAAAUUGAAAGACCAGGUGGUAUUGGAUCUCAAGUUUGGGGAGUUUGUUGGAGCCCUGUUAAGGAUAAUAAUGACACAGUUCUUGCUGUAGUAGAUUGGGGACAAUCAUUAUCAUUCUAUAAUAGUGCUGGGAAACAGGUUGGACGAGAACGAGCAUUAGGAUUUGAUCCCCUUAGAGUAACUUAUUUUUCUAAUGGUGAAUACAUAAUAAUUUGUGGCACUAACAAGAAAUGUUCCUUAUAUACUAAGGAAGGAGUUUUUGUAGGUUAUAUAUCUGAACAAGAUUCCUGGGUAUGGUGCUGUGCAACAAAAGCUGAUUCCACGCAUGUGGCAAUUGGAAGUCAAGAUGGUAUUGCUGCAUAUUAUGAAGUUUGUUUUACCACUGUUCAUAGUUUAUAUCGUGAACGUUAUGCUUAUCGGCAAAACAUGACAGAUGUAGUUGUUCAGCAUUUAAUCACAGAAGAUAAAGUGGUCGUAAAGUGCCGAGAAUUGGUGAAGAAAUUGGCUAUUUAUAAGAAGCGUUUAGCAAUACAGAUGCCUGAAAGGAUCAAUAUAUAUGAAGUAUCAGAUGAAUCGUCUGACAUGCACUACAAAGUGAAGGAAAAGAUAAACUUAAAAGUUGAAUGCACAUUAUUAGUUGUAUGUGCUAAGCAUAUUGUACUUUGUCAAGAAAAAAUUCUUCAGUGUUUGUCAUUCCAAGGCGUUUUGGAGAAAGAAUGGGUUAUGGAUGCUCUAAUUCGAUACAUAAAAGUCAUAGGUGGGCCACCAGGAAGUGAAGGCCUCCUUGUUGGAUUAAAAAAUGGACAGGUGAUAAAGAUAUUUGUUGAUAAUGCAUUACCUGUUUCAGUACUGAAAAUUGGGGCUUCAAUUCGUUGCUUAGAUCUUAGUGCCAAGCGAAAAAAAUUAGCCAUUGUGGAUGAUAAUAGUACUUGCAGUGUUUAUGAUCUUAGCAAUAAUGAACUAAUUUAUCAGGAGCCGAACGCAAAUAGUGUAGCAUGGAACAAUCAGAACGAAGAUAUGCUGUGUUUCACUGGUGCUGGACUGAUAAAUAUCAAAGUGGAAAAUUUUAAUGUGCAACAGCAGAAAUUUCAGGGUUUUGUAAUUGGAUUCUGUGGAGCUAAAGUAUUUUGCUUGCAUUUUAAUUCUAUUUCAACAAUUGAUAUUCCAUUGUCUGCAUCUAUGUAUCAGUACAUCGAGAAAAAGAUGUUCAAUAAAGCAUAUUCUGUUGCAUGCCUGGGAGUUACUGAUGGAGACUGGAGGGCUCUAGCUGAAGCUGCAAUACAGAAUUUAAGCUUAGAUGUGGCUCGACAAGCUUUUAUCCGUGUGAAGGACCUUUUGUUUCUGAAGUUGAUUAAAUCAUUGGAAGUUCGUAGAAAAAGCGAAUCUGAUUACUCACUGAUAGGAGAUGUGUAUGCAUACCUUGGAAAAUUCAAUUUAGCAGCCAGUGUUUACCAAAAAGCAAAUGCUGAAGGCAAAGCUUAUAUGAUGUAUAUUGACUUACGUAUGUUCGAUAAAGCGCAGGAAUUUCUUUCAACUUCUGAUGAUCAAGAAAAAAGAAGUCUUGUGUUAAAGAAAGCUGAAUGGGCAAAAACUAUCAGUGAGCCUAGAGCAGCAGCAGAAAUGUAUCUGUCAGUUGGGGAAAUAGAAAAGGCUGUGGAAUUAGCAGCUGAAAAUAAUUGGGCUGAUAUGCUAAAAUCUAUUGCUAAAAAAGUGGAUAUAAUUGAGCACAAAACCAUUUCUAUCAUUGGAAACCAUUUAAAACGGCUGCAGGAAUAUGGUGCAGCAGCUGAAAUAUUUCAUAAAAUUGGUGACAUUCCAUCUCUUGUUGAAAUGAAUGUUGAAGCUAAGAACUGGAAGGAGGCAUUUGAACUUGCAAAGCAAUAUCCAAUGUACAAGGAGAGUGUUUAUGUACCUUAUGGGAAUUGGUUAGCUGAGAAUGAUCGUUUUGUUGAAGCUCAGAAAGCUUUUUGUAUUGCUGGUCAACAAGAUUUAGCUGAAAAUGUUUUGGGCAAACUUACAAAAAUUGCUGUGAAUGAAAAGCGAUUCCGUGAAGCUGGUUAUUAUUACUGGAUACUUUCUAUGCAAACUUUGAAGUUUUCUGCAGAUUUAACAGAUGAAGUGGAAAUUAAAGCAGCAGUUAAGAAAUUUUGGGAUCAGCAGUUUGCUGCUGAAAUAUAUUAUGUGUACAGCUUUAUUUAUAAUUACCUCGAAGAGCCUUUCACUAUGCAACAUACUGAGACUUUGUUCAAUAUGUCACGAUAUUUAUGGCUUGAGUUAGUCAAAAUCGACUUUCCUGGUAUUUCAAAAUUCCGGAUAUUUUAUGCAUCUGCAAAACAGAGUUGUGCAAUGAAAGCCUAUAAACUUGCACGUAUGGCAUAUCAACAAGCAAAUCUGUAUCGAGUGCCUGAGCGAUUUAGGGAUUCACUUGAAAUAGCAACAAUGCAUGUCCAUGCAAAACCAUUUACAGAUGCUGAAGAAGUAUUGCCCAUGUGCUAUAGGUGUUCUACCAGUAACCCUUUAAUUAAUAAAAAUGGAAAUAUUUGUUUUAACUGUAAACAGCCUUUAGUAUAUUCAUUCAUAUCAUUUGAAGUUUUGCCAGUUGUUGAAUUUUUCCUUGAAAAUGGCAUUACGGAUGAUGAAGCUUAUAAGUUAUUGUGUAGGAAGCCGAACUUAGCUCCUGAUAAUACAAUGAAAAUUGAAGAAGACAUUCAGUACUUGAAACUGGACUAUAAUGAUCCAUUUGAGAGAGACUCUGAAGCUGAUUCAAGCAUGUUUUCAUAUGAUACAUUAACUGGGGAACCUGGACCUUUGAUUUUAAAUCGUGCUCAGCUGGAAAAAAUGAACAUAUCAGAAGUAAUCAUCUGCAGGUGGCCCCAUCCUUUGCGGACACAGUAUUUCAAAAAUGUAUUACCUAGUGUCCAAAUUCGUAGAUGUACAUCUUGCAAUAAACUUUUUCAUAGUGAUGAUUAUGAACUUGAAAUCCUGAAGAAGAACUGCUGUCCAUUUUGUAGAACCACUGUUCAAGAGCUUGACGCAUUUGAAGAAUAAUUGUAAAUUUUAUUGGUCUCAUCUGCACAAUUUAGCACAUCAUUCUGUGAUUUUUAACCUGUGCCUGUUACCUCGUGAUGUUUUUACUGCUAUUUGUUUGCAUACUUGAAACUGUGAUAUAUAAAAUACUAAGUCAUUCUUGAAGUUGUGUAAUAUGUGUAUAUGAAAUUAUUAAAUAAAUUUGUCAUAUUACAAAUUA